AUGGCGACUCCUCGACUCCCCUUCCUCUACCCGAGUCUGAUGCGGGCUGUACGGUCAUGCCAACCAAGAACAUACCAAUCCCUUCAAAUUGCACUCCCCCGCACCUUUCACGCCAGUCGGGGGCGUCACCAGCAGAGCUACCAGCGACGAUAUGGCCCGGCCGUUGCUCCGAAGACGCCCCCCAAUUCCUCCAAGCCUGCCGAAAACAUAUCAGACCAGGUCGCGGAUGGCGCAGGAGAAGCUCAGGUGGAGAUAGGCGCAGCUGAGCCGAAUACUUCCCCGCCAGAGUCAUCGCAGUCGCAGUCGCCGCCGCAGCCCGAAUCCGAAUCCGAACCACAACCCCAGUCUCCACCCCCGGACUCCUCCACAGAAACACCCGAUGCCAUUGACGCUGUUUCAGCCACUGAGGCCACGGAAUCCUCCGCCGCAAAUACCACGGAGCAAGCUGCCGCCGAACCGACCACGACAGAGGCCUCUAUUGAGCCAGAAAUGGAGGAGGAACAAGUUGAAGAUGACGGUCCGGAAACCCCAUCUUCUUCCUCUAAGUCUUCGAAAGAUGUCGGCGAAGAAAUGUCGCAAAGAGCCCCCUACGCCAAUCAAAGCGCCUUCGAAGAAGUGUACCAUAUGCCCUCCCCAUCAACAUACCUCACCCCAUCCGGAGAGCCGAUUGCCUCCGGCGAGAAACCCCCACAUCUGAGCCCCGCGCCCUACGUCCAUCAUUUCGAUACAUACUCUUUAGUCCUCGACCUUCACAGAGGCGGCUACACCAAUGAGCAAUCCAUCACCAUUAUGAAGGCCAUCCGAAGCAGCUUACAAAAUAACCUCGAUUUCGCAAAGCAAAGCCUGACCUCCAAGUCCGACGAAGAGAACGAGUCCUACCUUUUCAAGGCAGCUUGCUCGGAACUUCAGCAGUCUCUCCAGACCGCCCGGAAUUCCGAGAUCCAACACCAACGCGCAUCGAGGGGCCAGCUAGAGCAUGAAAUCGACAUCUUGUCCCAGCGCCUUACCCAGGAACUUUCCGGCAUGAAGGAUGAUAUCAAGGGCAUGUUCAAUGACCACAAAAUGUCUACGCGCGAACAACAGCGGAUGAUUGAUACAUCGGUUCAAGAAUUGAACUACAAGAUCACCGUGUCUCUCAAUAGUGACGGCAAGAGUGAAGCCGAAGGACUUCGGUGGGUUCUGACAAGACGUGCCGCGUUGACUGUUGCCACCUGUGCCUUCAUGGCGAUCGUGUUCCUCAAGUACGUUUCCACCCGCAAGGUGCAGGAACCGAAGGUCGUCAAGGAGGUAGAGCAGCCUGUCGCCAAAGAGGUCACCAAAGAAACCCAUGUCGUCCACGACUCUGGAGCUCAGAAAAACUCCCCAUCCAUUGCCGAAGCGCAUCUUGGCGAAUCUCUGGGCUGA